GGUUCGCGGCUGCUGCUGAGGGAAACGGGGCUCCUGCGCCUCGGAGUGGGCCGCUGCCGCGGGCUUUCUCGGCUGGCCUGUGGAGUUAUAAAAUCCCUUCCGCGUUUUUUAAACAGAGCCUAACUGCUGCUGAGGGAAAAAAGCGAGGCAGGUCCGAUGACGGCAAAAGGAAGCCUCCCUGCAGCGGCGGGAUCCGUGGUUGUCCCUUACGGACAUGUGGUUGGGAACGAGAAGUGGCGGGGAUCAGAGAUGGCCCGCAGGCUGCAAGGGAAAACUAAACUCAUCUUUGAAGAUGGCUUGGGACUCGUGGAUUUCCAUCUUUCCAACAGAAUCUGUGUUUUAUAUAUUUCUGAAGCAGAUUUGGUUGCAGGGGAUGAAUUCAAGCGAAGAUUGGUGCGGUUUAGGAAUGCCAGCAGCCUUGGUGGAAUUGUGAUUGUCGAGAAGACUCCAAUAAGUGAGCAGUACUUCUCAGCAGUGCAAAAGCUCGUUGUGCUGCAACUUGGAAUGGUGUUGCUUCCUGUGGCAAAUCAAGAAGAAGCUUCUCAACUUAUUACUCAACUUGGACCAGUGAUGGUGGGAAGGGGAAGGCAGUUAACCAGGCAGCUGAGAGACCUAAGGAAUGGAGAUACUUUUAUUGAAAGGAGCAUUACAGAAACCUGCAGAGGUAUGUUAACAGUAAAUAGUAAAAACUUGUAACACGUUUUAUUUUCCAAGCAGCAGUAGAAUCAAAGAGCCACUACCCAAUGGCAGCAUCUGAUUUUUAUUCUUAAAUAAGUCAUUAACAUAUUUACACCUAUUAUUAAGAAACUAAAAAUGACACCUUUGAAAUUUAUAACCAGACACAAGCUUUCCCGUAAGUUUUGAGUAUCAAACAGCAAAUAUCUACUCUGUAGAUAGCAACAUUAACUAACACUAAAGUGUUAGCAACUUUCAAUUAAUUUCAUAAAAUAGAAGAAUUGAACAGAAAUACUCAGAGGUUUUUCAUCUCCUUGUCAAUACACGCUCAUGAGCUGUUCCAAGAAGUAGAAGAUUUCAUAUCAGUUUCUUAACCAGCAUGAUAAUAGUCUCCCACUGUGAUUUCUAAGUACUUUUUUUCCUCAUGUUUUGAAAGUGUCACUACAACUUACGUAUUCUUGGUCAAUAUACUAGAAAAUGUCAGUUUUGAGAUUUGUUCCACAGCUAUCCAUUUUAACAAGAGCAAUGAAAUGCAGAUCACGUUGUAACUAGGUUAAAUAAUUUCAAGUCUGGAAUAAAGCCUGUUUUUAAUAAUGCACACGCAACCUAGAUCAAAAAAGAGCAGAGUCAAAGUCCUUUGUAGUUCAAAAGACUGUAUGACUUCUGAGCCUUCUAAUUCUGUUCCCAAGUUAUAUCAGCUAUUCCAUAGAAUAUACCUCGUACUCUCAGAGAACAUUUAUGCAUAAAAACAACUGUUAGACCACCCUUUGCAUAAAGCUAUUUUCUCUGACAGCUUCCUCUCUCCUUUGUUCUUUAAGAUAAUUCUGUGUUAAGCAACUUACUAUGAACUCUAUGUUUUUACAGCAAAAUCAUCCUUCACUGUGUUCCCUACUGUUUUGCAUGCAGCAUCAAGUUUGUAAUAAAUAACUCCCAUCUACAAUAGUUGUAAAAACUGGUGAUGAUACUGUACUUUGAAAUUCCAAAGGAAUCCUGUCUCUGUGCAAGCUAUUUUAUUAUCAACAAACCAUUUUUUUCUAUCUCAAACCAUUUUGUUCUAACUUUCACAUUGACUCAAGUUCUGCAGUUUCUGCCAAACUCUGAUCUUCAUAGUAAGUGAAGUCAGUGGCACUUGUCCAAAGUUAUAUAUGUAUAUAGAUAAAAAUAGGUUAAAAGAAAAAACUUCAUGUUAAGGAAGAUUCAGUACAAUGAACUUUCUGUACCCAGAAGCGUGAAGGGGGAAAGCUUUUUCUUAACCUGAGAACUUCCAGCCACAGCUGAAGGAAGGCAGAGAGUGCUUGCAGCCUUCUGUCUAUUUUUAGUUCCCCAACUUAGAAAAGGCAGUUUGAGUGGGGCUUUCUUGGCCUGAUCAGUCUUGUUCUCUUCCAUGGCUAAACAGAUUAGGGAGUAUGUCUUCUGCAUUCCCACAGAGUAAGUGGCACUCUUGCUGUGCUGUAGGAAAGAGAGAAGAAUUAUAAGCACCAGUCA